GUUAGCCAGGCGGGCCAGCAUUAAAUUGAAAAAAUGUCCCUGUAUGAUGAUCUGGGAGUGGAGACCAGUGACUCAAAAACAGAAGGCUGGUCCAAAAACUUCAAACUUCUGCAGUCUCAGCUUCAGGUGAAGAAGGUGGCUCUCACUCAAGCCAAGAGCCAGAGGACAAAACAGAGUUCAGUCCUUGUCCCAGUAAUUGACCUAAAGCGGGGAGGCUCCUCGGAUGAGCGGCAGAUUGUGGACACCCCACCGCACGUGGCAGUGGGCCUGAAGGAUCCUGUUCCCAGUGGGUUUUCUGCAGGAAAAGUUUUGAUUCCCUUAGCUGAUGAAUAUGAUCCUAUGUUUCUCAAUGACUAUGAGAAAGUGGUGAAGCGCCAGAGAGAGGAACGAUAGAGACAGCAGGAGCUGGAAAGGCAAAAAGAAAUAGAAGAGAGAGAAAAGAGGCGUAAAGACAGACAUGAAGCUAGUGGGUUUUCAAGGCGACCAGACCCAGAUUCUGAUGAAGACGAAGAUUAUGAGUGAGAGAGGAGGAAAAGAAGUAUGGGUGGAGCCGCCAUCGUGCCACCCACUUCUCUCGUUGAGAAAGACAAAGAGUUACCCCGAGAUUUUCCUUACGAAGAGGACUCAAGAACUCGCUCACAGUGUUCCAAAGCUGCCAUCCCUCCCCCAGUGUAUGAAGAACAGGACAGACCCAGAUCUCUCACUGGACCUGGCAACUCUUUCCUUGCCAACAUGGGUGGCACAGUAGCACAUAAAAUCACACAGAAGUAUGGCUUCUGGGAAGGCCAGGGUCUUGGGAAGCAUGAGCAAGGACUGAGCACAGCAUUGUCAGUGGAGAAGACAAGCAAACGAGGAGGCAAGAUCAUUGUGGGAGAUUCCACAGAGAAAGAUGCAUCCAAAAAGUCAGAUUCAAAUCCAUUAACUGAAAUUCUUAAGUGUCCUACUAAGGUGGCCCUACUAAGGAACAUGGUUGGUGCAGGAGAAGUAGAUGAAGACUUGGAAGUUGAAACCAAGGAAGAAUGUGAAAAAUAUGGCAAAGUUGGGAAAUGUGUGAUAUUUGAAAUUCCUGGUACCCCUGAUGAUGAAGCAGUACGAAUAUUUCUAGAGUUUGAGAGGGUUGAAUCAGCAAUUAAAGCUGUUGUUGACCUGAAUGGGAGGUAUUUUGGUAGACAGGUGGUAAAAGCAUGUUUCUGCAAUUUGGAUAAAUUCAGGGUCUUGGAUUUGGCAGAACAAGUUUGAUUUUAAGAACUAGAGUAUGAGUCAUCUCCAGUGACCCUUAAAUGAGCUGAAAGCUGAGCAGAGAAGAAAAUGGCAGCAGCCAGCCUCCAUGGCUCUUGGGUACAAAGACUCUUGGAAGGACUUCUAAGAUAAAUGUUGAUUGAUCCCUUUUUUAUUUUGUGGUUUUUUAAUAUAGUAUAAAAAUCCUUUAAAAAA